UGAGCUGUGUACAUUGGCCACACUGCGAAUUAUAUUACCAGUAGAAAAACCAAGAGAACCCAGUACAGUGGUCAUUUCUGUGUCCGUGCUGUUGAAAGAAACGUUUAGCCAGUGUGAUCUCGCUAAUUGUUGAAACGAAAACAAAGCCAGCAUCAACAGCAUCGGAAGGAAAUAACGUGAUUUGGUGACUUGUGUAUAGAUUAUUUUUAUUCGAAAUCCAAGAAGAAGAAUAAAUAAUCAAUCAUGACUCAGGAGGGACAGGAUAUGCCAACGUUCAAGUGCGUGCUGGUCGGCGAUGGUGGCACCGGUAAAACAACAUUCGUUAAACGCCAUAUGACCGGCGAAUUUGAGAAGAAAUAUGUUGCCACACUCGGCGUUGAGGUGCAUCCGUUGAUCUUUCACACCAAUCGCGGCGCCAUCCGUUUCAAUGUCUGGGACACAGCUGGCCAAGAGAAAUUUGGCGGACUACGCGAUGGCUAUUACAUUCAGGGACAAUGUGCCGUCAUCAUGUUCGAUGUCACAUCGCGUGUCACGUACAAGAAUGUGCCCAACUGGCACAGAGAUCUGGUCCGUGUCUGUGAGAAUAUACCCAUUGUUCUCUGUGGCAACAAAGUCGACAUCAAGGAUCGAAAGGUCAAGGCCAAAAGCAUUGUGUUUCACCGAAAGAAAAACUUGCAGUACUACGAUAUCUCCGCUAAAUCGAAUUACAAUUUCGAGAAACCAUUCCUUUGGCUGGCCCGCAAACUGGUUGGCGAUCCCAAUUUAGAGUUUGUGGCAAUGCCGGCGCUGCUGCCACCAGAGGUCAAAAUGGACAAAGACUGGCAGAUUCAAAUUGAGCGCGAUUUGCAGGAGGCGCAGGCGACCGCUUUGCCCGAUGAGGAUGAGGAUCUAUAAGCAUUAGUUAACAACAACAACAACAACAAACAAACAAACAAAAUAAAUAAAAACAAAUACAAAAUGAAAAGAAAACACUAAAAGAAGCAAAUACAUAACUGAAAUAAACAAAACACAGGGUGAACAAGAAACAAUUUAUGCAUUGAAAUUCAACUAUAUUCAAGACGAAGAAGAAGAUGAGCACACACACAGAACACUCACACACCCCCUACACUACACAACAUCUUCAUCUUGCAACACUGUGGCCCACAUUAUUAUUUAACUAUUAUGUAAACGUAAU